AUGGGUGAUCGAAAGAGAGCGGGAGACUAUCUCCUGGAUAUUGCCCUCUUUGCGGGCAUGACCAUAAGUCUCGUCUACCUCACCAGGAAUAUCCUCUCGACCUUCGCCAGUACGAUGGGCGACCCCGAGAAAGAAAAGCACGAGCAGGCAAAAGUAAAAGCGCGCGCCAAUCUACAACGCAUACAGAAGUCUCGAGGAGCAGACCAGGCUGGUGGCGACGGGGCCGAGGACGAUGGGCAGGUUCAACGGAUCAGCGACAUAGAGCUCAAUGAAUACGAAAGCCAGGUCGCACUAGACGUCGUUGCGCCACAGGACAUCUCGGUGGGCUUCAAUGACAUUGGGGGCCUGAAUGAUAUCAUCGAAGAGCUAAAGGAGGCCGUCAUCUAUCCUCUGACAAUGCCUCAGCUCUAUUCUCACGGGGGAUCAUUACUCUCGGCACCCUCUGGUGUUCUCCUCUACGGCCCUCCUGGGUGUGGAAAGACUAUGCUGGCCAAGGCAGUGGCGCAUGAAAGCGGCGCAUUCUUCAUCAACCUGCACAUCUCGACUCUGACGGAGAAAUGGUACGGUGACUCGAACAAGCUCGUUCGCGCCGUCUUCUCGCUCGCGCGCAAGAUGCAGCCGGCCAUCAUCUUUAUCGACGAGAUUGAUGCAGUUCUCGGCACGCGGAGGAGUGGCGAACACGAGGCUAGUGGUAUGGUGAAAGCAGAGUUCAUGACCCUUUGGGACGGCCUGACGUCGGCCAAUUCAGCUGGCACACCUUCCCGCAUCUGCGUACUAGGUGCCACGAACCGCAUGCACGAUAUCGAUGAGGCCAUUCUCCGAAGAAUGCCCAAGAAGUUCCCAGUGCCUUUACCCGCUCGGGACCAACGCCGUAGGAUCCUGCAGCUCGUUCUGGGCGACACCAAGAGGGAUCCGUCCUUUGACCUGGAGUAUGUGGCCAAGGUCACGGCCGGGAUGUCGGGAAGCGACCUGAAGGAAGCAUGCCGUGAUGCGGCCAUGGUGCCCAUGCGAGAGUACAUUCGCGCCCACCGCUCGACCGGCCAGGCCAUGGGCAUGGUUGACCCGUCAAAGAUCCGUGGCCUCCUGACCGAGGACUUCUUUGGGCGGAAAGGCGGCGGCACAGUCAUUGAUGAUAAUCGCAAGCGUCGGGACUCUACUACCAAGACGGUCACUGCCAAAUCCUCCGGGGACGAGUAUGAAGACGUCGAAGAUGACCACUUGACGGCUGCGUCCACUGAUUAA